GAACUCAAUGGAGACAGGACCAAGAGCAAGAUUUAAAGAAUGUUCUGAAGAACACUGACCAGGACAUACCAUUGGUAUUUGUCAGUGGAAAUCAUGAUGUUGGCAAUACUCCAACAAGACAAACAAUAGAUAAUUAUUGCAAGAACUGGGGAGAUGACUACUUCAGCUUUUGGGUUGGAGGUGUUUUCUUUCUUGUGCUGAAUUCUCAGUUAUAUUUUGAUUCUUCCAAAUGCCCUGACCUAAAGCAGGCACAGGAUGUGUGGCUCAAUGAGCAACUGGCUGUUGCUGAAAAACAGAAAUGCAAGCAUAUAAUAGUAUUUCAGCACAUCCCUCUGUUUCUGAGAAAUCCAGAUGAAGACCAUGACUACUUCAACUUGGAAAAAUCAGUUCGUCAAGAGCUAAUGGAAAAGUUUCAAAAAGCAGGUGUUAAAGCUGUGUUUUCUGGACACUACCAUAGGAAUGCUGGAGGGUCAUACAGAGGACUGGAAAUGGUGGUUUCAUCAGCAAUAGGAUGUCAGCUGGGAGAAGAUGCACAUGGGCUUCGAGUGGUCGUUGUCACAGAUGAGAAGAUUGUUCAUAGAUACUACAGUUUAAAUGAUCUGGGCAGCCAAGGCAUAGAGAAAGAGCUGCUAGAAAUGCUUGCUAAGCAAAGUUAGGCUAUGGUAAAUGAUAUGAUUUCUUUUUUCCAUGUUAAACAAACAGAAAUAGUUUCAGAAAGUUUCCCCAAGCUGAAGGUAAGAUUUCUGUUUGUGCACCAUGGCCCAGAACAGCUCUCCAUUUGUUAUCAUCCUGACAAGCAAGAAAGUUGUUGACGUGUUCCUCUUUUUGAAAAUGAGAUCUUUGAGGAAUGUGGAAGAAUAGCA